GCAAGCAUGGCGGCCACGAGAAAGUUAGACUGUAAAGACUUACACGCUUAUUUGAAAACCUUACACACGUCCAUCCUCGACAGACUGUACAGCAACCCCGCAACUUGUUUGGCGGUCUUCAGAGAGUUGCCAGAGCUGGGACGCCACUAUGUGAUGAGAAUUUUGUUUGUGGAGCAGCCAGUUUCCCAGUCUGUGGUUGGUCAGUGGAUCUCAAACAAGCACCAGGAAGAACAUCGUUAUGCAGUGAAGUCUCUGUCGGAUCUGAGGGUGUGGCAUGACCAGCCCCUCCCUUGGGGGAUGCCAGGCUGGUUACUCAAUCACACAUUCCGGAAAAACAUGAAGAUUGCCUUGCUGGGAGGUGGUGAAGCCUGGACUGGCGGAGGGCCACUGCCGCAGGACAAGCAUGCCAAGGAUGUCUCAUUUCUGGAUAAAUACGCCUUGGAGAGAUGGGAGUGUGUGCUGCACUUUAUGGUGGGGUCGUCGGAGGGGACAGACGGGGUCAGCAAAGAUAUCAUCGAUGUGCUGCUCCACAGUGGACUCAUGAAAGAGGAGUCGUCCGAGCCACUGCCAUCCAUUUCCCCGGCUGGCUUCCAGUUCUUGCUGCUUGAUACGGGCUCCCAGGUGUGGUACUUCAUGCUGCAGUACCUCGAGUCUGUGGAGUCUCGAGGGAUGGAUCUUGUAGAGUGCUUAUCAUUUUUGUUCCAGUUAAGUUUCUCCACUCUAGGAAAGGACUACUGUACUGAGGGCAUGAGUGAAUCUCAGCUGAAAUUCCUGCAGCACCUUCGAGAGUUUGGACUGGUUUACCAACGUAAGAGAAAAUCUCAAAGAUAUUACCCCACUCGCCUAGCCAUCAAUAUAGCAUCGGGACUAACGACUUUCAACACUGACAGCCAUUCAUCUGGGUACCUGGUGGUCGAGACAAACUACAGAGUGUAUGCUUAUACAGAUUCUCCUCUACAGACAGCACUGUUGGCGUUAUUCUGUCAAAUGUUAUACAGAUUCCCCAAUAUGGCCGUAGCCAACUUGUCCCGAGACAGUGUCAGAGCAGCUCUGAUGAGGGGAAUAACAGCCGAGCAGAUAAUCAACUUUCUACGCAGCCAUGCUCAUCCUGAGAUGAUGAAAACAAGCCCCGUGAUCCCCCUAACUGUGUGCGACCAGGUGCGACUCUGGGAGCUGGAGAGAGACCGCUUCAAGUUUUCAGAUGGCGUCAUGUACAACCAAUUCCUGUCUCAAAAUGACUUUGAGCUUCUCAGGGACUAUGCACAAGAUCUGAACGUCCUAGUUUGGGAUAACCCAAGUAAAAGAGUUAUGAUCGUCUCACGGGGAGGGCACGACGAUGUAAAACGAUUCUGGAAGAGGCAGAAGCAAUCUUGACCCUUCUCCUGUCAGGACAUUGUUUACAUCACCUUUGAAACAGAGAACAUUGAAGGAUGGCAGCAGAGCUGACUGUCCCAUGAGGAGUCAGCAAAGGUUAGACGAAGUCCCCAAUCCAAGAGGUGACAUAACUGGAGAUCAGACUCAACUGGCCCUUCUCCCAGCUGCAUAAAGUGGCGCUAAAACCAACUGUGUCAGACUUCCUGUUGGAUUACAGGGUUCAAAUACCAUUAUUAGUCAGUCCGAUUCUCGGGUGACUUUGGCAGGUGUGACAAGCUUGUGAUUAGUGAGCUACAGGACUUCCAUCGGAACAAGUAGAGUACUCUACCGUGUCCACAUAUGUGAUGUUUUGUUUGUUGAAUGCAGUGAGUGCAUUCAGUACUGUGUACAUUAUGUAAAUAUAUUUGUUGUACAUAUUGUAAUAAAGGAUAAACUAUGAA